CCGGGUUUGCCAUGUUGGCGGCAGGGCUGCGGGCAGGGCUGCGGGCAGGGCUGUGGGCAGGGCUGUGGGCAGGGCUGCGGGCAGGGCUGAGAGGGGGCAUAGACCAGGGCAGAGUGGCUCAGUGCAGAGCCCCGAGCAACAGCUUCAGCCGCAGCCACAGCCUGACACAGGCUGCAGCUCACACACACAUUAUUAGGAGAGGCUUCAAACAUCGGGGAGCGUUUUGUCUAGAACAGAACAGAAAAGUUGAGAAGAGCAAUGUUAUCACCGAAAAGAUUGGAACGAUUAUCACCAUUGGAAUUAACAGGCCAGAAAUAAGGAAUGCUGUGAAUAAGAAGACAGCCCAACACUUGCUGGAUGCAUUCACUGCUUUUGAGAGGGACAAGUCUUUGACAGCAGCUGUAUUGCACGGAACAGGGGGUAAUUUCUGUGCUGGUUAUGACUUGAAGGAGUUGGCUCAAGUUGCAUUGCCUGUUAAAUUUGAACAAGAUGUCACCAGGGAGCCGGGUCCUUUGGGACCAUCUCGGAUGCAGUUUUCAAAGCCAGUGCUUGCUGCAGUGAGUGGAUACGCAGUUGCUGGAGGGAUGGAACUGUCCUUGUUGGCUGAUUUGCGUAUUGUGGAACAAAGUGCUAUCAUGGGAGUCUUCUGCAGACGCUUUGGUGUUCCAUUAAUUGAUGGGGGUACAGUAAGGCUACCAAAGCUAAUUGGGUUAUCCAGGGCAAUGGAUCUCAUCUUAACCGGACGUCCCAUUGGGGCACAAGAAGCUUAUGAAUUUGGGCUUGCCAACCGUAUUGUUCCAGAUGGUCAAGCUCUUCAACAUGCCAUAAAGUUAGCAGAACAGAUAUCUACAUUUCCUCAGCAGUGUCUGGUUGCAGACAGAGCCUCUGCUUACUACAGUACCUUCAAUGCCUCUUCCUUUACUGAAGCCAUGCAGUUCGAAUUUGACAAUGCCAAACACGCAAUUUUGGAGGAGGCCAUCCCUGGUGCAGAGAGGUUCAGUUCAGGAGCUGGAAGAAGCGGAAUAUUCACUUAGCUUGUGAAAACCUCCAACAGAUUAAAUGGAAAUGAUUCA